AUGCAGGUUGCUUUUCCUUCGUCGCCGCCGGCGAAAUACGUCGGUGACGAUCGAUUGACAGAGAUUUCCAUGAAGUUGAGCGAAGAUUUCAGCAAAUUAGUGUAUCUGGAAGAAGGAGAAGAAAUUGGAAAAUUGGAGAGAUCGUGGAGUCAACUCGAAGAAUCCGUCGAAUUUGACGAUGAAGAGGAAGCACGAGAGGAAGAAGAUGAAGAGGAAGGAGAAGAAUUCUCGUUUGCUUGUGUGAACGGGGAAGGAUCUCCGAUAACCGCCGAUGAAGCUUUCGAGGACGGUCAGAUCCGUCCUGUUUUCCCUCUCUUCAACCGCGAUCUCCUCUUCGAUUACGACAGCGCCGGAAACGACGGCGUAUCGGCGACCGACGAAAACGGCCAGGCUAUGCGCCCGCGUCUUAGAAAGCUGUUUGUGGAGGAUCGCGACGGAGACGGUGAGAAAGCCGCGGCGGAUUCGGAGCUCGAACCGCUGGGACCGUACUGCUCGUGGUCAGGUAACACGGUCGAGGAAACGUCGCCGGAGACCUGCCGGAAGAGCAAUUCGACGGGGUUCUCGAAGCUCUGGAGAUUUAGAGAUCUCGUGUUGAGAAGCAACAGUGACGGAAGAGACGCGUUUGUUUUUCUUAACAAUAACGUCGUCGGUGAUAAGACCCAGUCGUCGUCGUCUUCUUCUUCGACGGCGGCGGCGAAAUUGGCCAGUGAUGAUGAUAAGAAGCCAGCGGAGGAGAGCAAGUCAAAGACGAAAAAGGGGAAAGACAAAACGACGUCGUCGGAGAAGAGGACGAAAUCGGCGCACGAGAAGCUCUACAUGAGAAACAGAGCACUGAAAGAAGAAGGGAAACAUAGAUCGUAUCUUCCGUACAAGCAGGUCGGAUUCUUCACCAAUGUCAGUGGCCUUAGCAGAAAUAUCCAUCCUUUCUGA